AUGCGAACACAGAUCCCAGCUACGCAGCACAUUCCACACGAACGCCAACAGGACAAAUGUUCUCUGAGAAGAAGAACCAAGAACUUCAAAGAGAUAGCAGCUGCACAGGUUGGAGGGGAGGAUAGGAAGAUGGGAUUGCUUAGAUCAAUAGGUAGACAAGACCAAGAUAAUGAAGAAUUUGAUUUCAAUAGAUAUGGAUCUGGAUAUACAUCAGGGUUAAUUGCGUUGGGACACUAUGGUAUACCAUACUUCAUAGUUAGAAAUGUUGCUGGCACCAUAUUGUUUAUUGUGUUUUUGGUAUACAAAUGGAGAAGAAGACAUUCGUCAGUAUAUGAAAGUAUUGAAAAUUAUUUAGAGCAAAAUAGUUUGAUGCCUAUUCGAUACUCAUACAAGGAGAUUAAGAAGAUGGCCAAAGGUUUCAAUGAAAAGUUGGGUGAAGGAGGUUAUGGCUCUGUAUUCAAGGGGAAGUUGCGAAGUGGACCUUCUGUUGCCAUAAAAGUGUUACGAAAUUCAAAAGGUAAAGGAGAAGAUUUUAUCAGUGAAGUUGCAACAAUUGGAAGAAUACAUCACCAAAAUGUAGUGCAUUUAAUUGGAUAUUGUGCUGAGGGCUCGAAACGUGCCCUUGUCUAUGACUUCAUGCUCAAUGGAUCUCUUGACAAAUUUAUAUUUUCUAAAGAAGGGAAUCUAAAUUUAACCUAUGACACAAUACAUGAUAUAGCAAUUGGAGUAGCACGUGGAAUUUCGUAUCUACAUCAUGGGUGUGAGAUGCAGAUUUUGCAUUUUGACAUCAAACCCCACAACAUCCUGCUUGAUGAAAAAUUCACCCCAAAGAUAUCUGAUUUUGGAUUGGCAAAACUAUAUUCAACAGAUAAAAGUGUUGUGAGUAUGACAGCAGCCAGAGGAACAAUUGGGUACAUGGCUCCAGAGUUGUUUUAUAAAAAUGUCGGAAGAAUAUCACAUAAGUCUGAUGUUUAUAGCUUUGGAAUGUUUUUGAUGGAAAUAGCAAGCAAGAGGAAAAACCUAAACCCCCAUGCAGAGCAUUCAAGCCAACUUUACUUUCCCUUUUGGAUUUAUGAUCAACUUGAUAAAGGGAAAGAUAUAGAAAUGGAAGAUGUCACCGAGAAUGAGAACAAAAUUGUAAAAAAGAUGAUCAUAGUUUCACUUUGGUGUAUACAAUUGAAACCAAAUGAUCGCCCUUCCAUGAAUAAAGUAGUGGAAAUGCUUGAAGGAGACUUUGCAAACCUAAAAUUACCUCCAAAACCUUCUCUGUUUCCUCAUGAAACAUUGGAAGAUGAUGAAAGAAUAUCCUCUCAUCAACCAACAUUGUCUGACUUUGUUGGUUCGUCAAGUUAUCCACUUAAGAUUGUCUCAAAUGAAAGUAUGUGAUAGUCUAAAUUAUUUAUUUGCAUCCAACUUAUUUGACUUGAACAUUUUUCCUCUGUAAUGUUUACAUUGUGUGACUUAUUUUUAUACU